AUGAAGAACUUCGCCAAGAAAGUCUCCAUCUUUGUGGCUGACGCUGCAAGCAGUGAGCAAGGGUCUGGAAGAGAAGCCGGCCGCGCGCUGUUUCCAAACCUGCUGACAAUUCAGCGCGACCGGAGCCACGCUGCGACACGGGUCUUCAAACGGCCAUGGGAGGCUGACUCUGAAAUUUCUGGGCUGCUGCAAACAUUUGUCUUCGACAAAACUUGCAUAUGCCGCAAGAUUGAGAAUUCACCUGUUCUACAGGGGGUGUUCGCGAGGUAUGUGCAGCAGCAAGGUGGCAAUGUGGCAUCCAGCCGGAAAAGCUUGCAGGCUGCAAAGCAUCGUUUUGCCAGUUACAGCCAGCCGCUUGGCAGACUGAUCUUACAUUGGGAUGCCGUGCUGAGCACCCUGAUUUGGGUUUCGGCAAACCGCGAUGGGGACGAAGCCAAACAAGCAACUGACUUCCUUGCUGAGUUGUCAGAGGAGCGCCUUGUUCUUCUCUCGAUGGCAGCUGACCUGGCAGAUGAGUGCAUUUGCUUUGUGCGCCUGUAUGACCGUGAGUCAUAUGACGUCAGCGAGACAGCCUUUGAGGUCUCGGCUUUCCUCUCAAGACUCCACCACCUGGUCAAUGAGGGUGGCAUCCUGCAGCAGGGCUUCACUCUCCACAUGCUCCGCCAGCUCGACAAGCAAACAGCCUUCAUGGCCAAGGGUGUGCCCAAGGUCCUGGGCGGCCCACGGCGAGUGUCGUCAGAGAUGCUCCUGCAGAUGGUUCAGCGGCUUCAGGUCUUCGUCGCCCUGGCAGUGGACACUGUCAAGGCAGAGUUUCCUGGCCAUGACAUUGUGAUGGCGUUCAACGCCUUUGAUGUUUCAAAGGCCCACACAAAUCGCCGGAUGGCAAGCAGAGAGAACCACCAGGAAAACGCCAAGACAAGUUUGGAGCGCAUCGCCAAUGUUCUGCUUUUGCCUGCCCAGACGCUGCACGACCAAUACCUGGACAUCCUGCCAAUCGCUCUCCAUGAGGCAGCUACUUCUGGCAGGCCGUUCGAGUCGUGGCGCAACGCCGUGCUGCGGGCACGCAAGGGGAAGGGCAGCGGUCAUCCCACAGACGUUCUAGGCCAGGCGCUGGCCUACUAUGGGGCUUGGAAUGGCCUGACUACCUCGGGGGUGGAGCAGGGGUUCUCCAAGAUCGAGCGUCUGAUCCCCAAAGACCGGCGGCUCAUGGCAGAAGCAACCAAGGACACCGAGCUGAGGCUGCUGUUCCAUGCGGAGGACCCGGACGCGCUAUGCAAACAAGCAGUGCAGGUGUGGCUGCAGAAUUUUGGAGCACCUCGCUCAUCUGCGCUGGACAGGCAAAAGCGACGUUCUGUCGUUGGCAAGCGAGCCGCCCUGGUCUCGGCAGAUGAGGCGCAGCACGCUGCACAGCAAGGAAGCGAGGGGCUGUGGGACGCAAGCCUCCUGGCCGAGCAGUCUUUUCAGCAAAGCAAGCAGUACAAGUGCCGUGUCCAGUCCCUGCUGGAAGGAGCGCUGCUUGAAGGCGAGAUCGACGAUGACCUGCUGGAGGUCACCCAAGCCUUCCAAGCCAACGUUGCCAAGAACAACCGUGACCGUGUCACCAAGGAAAGGCAGCGAGCAAGUUUAAUUCGCCCGGCCAUGGUCAAAAACCUCCAGACAAGCACUUUCUGGCUCGAGAACGCUGAGCUGGCGAAGCUUGACUGUGCCAAUCCUGCGCUUGUCCGUGCGCGCCCCGAGGAAGCUGACAACUUCAUCGUGUUGAACCCAGCCAACCCGCCAGAAGCAGUGCUGUGGACAGCCGCCUUGCAAGGGGGGUAUGUCGCCAACGAUAUGUACUUCAUGACUGGCGGCGCCCAGGGCAUCGCCUUUGACUUUUUUCCUGCGACCGCAGUCAAGAGAAGCGUGUUCAUCAGCCACUGCUUUGUCCGGGAAGAACCUGAUCUUGCACGCAUUCUGCGGUGCGCGUGCGGGCGUGUCUUGUCACGCUGGGCCUUGCUGACUUCCGUAGAGGACUUUGUCCACAUGACCACCAGGGCCGCCGGCCCCCAGGUCAAGAACCCGAAGCGCUAUGCUGUGAUAGCUGUCAUGAGCGAGCAAGCUGCAAUCCGGGCAGCUGAGCACAAUGGGCUCAAGCCAGUAGCGGGGCUCGUCGUCGCAGCAAUCAUGGCGCCGAAGAAGGCCAAGGCAAAGGCCAAGGCCGCGGCGGCUGCGGCUGACGUGGUGCUGGUUCAUGGUCCAGCGGUUCCGCCGCCGCAGGACAAUCUGAACAUGGAGUACCACCAUGAGCUGGAGCAGGCGGUGCAGGAGAUUUUGGCCUGUCCAACCUUCGCCGACCUGCCCUCUGCAGACCCAGUUGGAAUCUCUGGGACCGCAUCUGCAGAAGAUGCUGGGUGGAAG